CUUGCCGUCUGCGGAGCCGUAGGCAACGCACUGAGCAUCAAAACAUUCAUCUCUAUCGGGCUCGCUGAUUGGUCCGUGGUGUCCUUGGCCUGGCUGUCGGCGUCAGACCUGCUGUACCUCUCGGCGGUGGUCGUCAGCUCGUUCUCUUACGACGUCUUCGUCGCGGAGGCGUGGUACGGCUACCGCACGUGGUACCCCGUGGAGCCGUUCGGCGUCUACACCAUCUUCGACAACCUCGGGGGCGGGCCUUACGCCCUGACGCUGUUGGUCACCACCUACCUCUCUUUGACGCGGUGCCUGGGCGUGGCCAUGCCCCUGUACUUCAAACACGCCCUGACCAGAGCCAAAACGGUCGCCGUACUCGCGUGUUUUACUGCGGUCGCCUUGACCAGUUGUCUGCCUAUUCUCGUCUUUAUGAGCCUCGAGGCUCAGUUCGACAAGCGCGUCAACGCUACGAGACCGCUGAUUCGUAUAGACGAGGGCUGGCUGCACACGAAGGACUACGUCUGGGGUCUCAGGGACAUCUUCCUGCCACUCGCGGCGCAAGCCAUCCUCGUCGCCUGCGUUUCCGUCAUGGCAAAAUGUUUGCGAGACUCGACGAGAUUUCGCCAAGGAAGCAUGCGCGUCCGACAUUCUGACCCGGUUCCCGGUAACCUAAAAUCACCCAAUGUAAUAUCGUAUUCGAGAUUCGACGAGGUGCCACACGGGACGCCACCACCAUCACAAAGGGCGGUAAGGCUCAGCGGGAGAGAACUCCAAGCCGUCCGUCAAAUGCUGGUCAUCUCCUCCGUGUUCAUCGUCAGCAACACGCCCAAGAUCUUCAUGAACGUGGCCGAGUUGUCCUUCACGACCUUCACCCUGAUCGGUCAAUUCCAGGCGCUGUUUCAGACCGUCAACAGUCUGAGGGAGCUUUUCCAGACCAUCAACUCCAGCGUCAACUUUCUGAUCUACGUCACGUACAAUACAAAGUUUCGAGAAAAUUUACUCAGUCUCAACCACCGUAAAUAA